CUUUAGUUACAAGAGAUUUGCAACGUGUACGUGUAACCUACACGUACACGUUUACUUCCUCGUCGUGAGCUAAAAAUUACUUUAGUUACGCGUAACACCGGAAGUGCUUGUAGCAGACGUCAAAACCUCAGGAAUGGGAGAUUUGAGUAUUGAAAAUCUACUUUUCUUGCUUGAUGAGGGGCUGUUGAAUUUUGACGAGUUCCUCAUAUUAGAGUCCGAAAUAGGUCAUAAUAAAUCCCCUCAGCUAAUGCCAGACGGACCGAGAUUGAAUUUUUCUGCCUUAAGUGAUGAACAAUGUUUCUCUUUAUUCAGAUUCAGCAAAUGUGAUGUUCGGCGUAUGAUAAAUACUUUGAGGAUUCCCAGCAAAUUUGUGUGCAAAAAUAACAGCAUAGCUACUGGACUUGAGGCAUUUUGUAUCACAUUAAGAAGAUUUGCCUACCGAAACAGAUUAGCCGAUUUAGUUCCAAUAUUUGGAAGGAGUGAAUCUGAACUUAGUCUCAUCUUUAAUUCGACGCUGGAUUUCAUCUAUGCCACGCAUGGAAACAGCUUAAAUUCUCUGAAUCAGAGAUGGAUCCAGAGGGGUUUACCAGAAUUCACGACAACUUUGGGAAAUCUCUGUCCCCUGCCCAACUGUUGGGGAUUUAUUGAUGGUACACUGCGCCCAAUCACGCGUCCUUCCCGUUUCCAAGAAAUCACUUAUUCUGGGCAUAAACGGAUUCAUGGUUUAAAAUUUCAGUCAGUAGUCACACCAAAUGGUUUGAUCGCAAAUUUGGCUGGGCCUUUUGAAGGUAAACGGCACGAUGCAGCGGUUUUCAGGGAAAGUGGUCUUGGAGACGAACUUGUACGCUACAUGAACUCCCCUAACGGUGAACCGCACUGCUUGUACGGAGACGCAGCUUAUGCCGUCAACCAGUAUGUACUUGGGCCGGUCAAGGGAAUUCGGGUGAGUCCAGAAGAAGCAGAAUUUAACCGGCAGAUGUCUGCAGUGAGACAAUGCGUGGAAUGGGGCUUUAACAAAGUGAUUCAGACAUUUGCAUUUCUUGAUUACAAGAAAAAUUUGAAACUAUACCUCCAGCCUGUCGGAAAGUACUACGCUGUGGGAGCGUUUCUAACCAACUGCCACACUUGUUUGUACGGGAGUCCUACGACGGAUUACUUCGGAAUUCGCCCUCCUUCUUUAGAACAAUAUAUUAACAACAGAUAAAGUAAAAGUUUAUUAGCUCUCAUUUUUAACAUAAUGAAAAAAGUUAAAUGCUAUUAAUAAAUACUGGCUACAAUUAAACAGUUAGUUUUGUUUUUUCUCGAUUAACUGUCUGAAUAAAUCAAUCAUUGCAGUUCUUUCCUCUUUCUCUAACCGGAAUCUUUCUUGGUCCAGCUGCUGUUUUUUCUCA